AUGGCUCCAAUCGGCUCUCUCUGGGGUGUUCCUCGUCAACGUCAAACUAAAUAUAUAUUGAGCGCUGCUGCUAUUGCGGGCCUCGAAGUCGAUCUCAAGCCUUUCGAGUUCGGCGUCAGCAACAAGUCACCUGAAUUUGUUAACAAAUUCCCGUUUGCCAAAAUUCCUACGUUUGAGGGCGAGGAUGGAUUUGUUCUUCUAGAGGGUGCCUCUAUUGCACGUUAUGUUGCAUCUCUGGCUCCUGAGUCUGGGCUUCUUGGAAACAGCAUCAAAGAUGCUGCACUAGUUGACCAGUGGAUCCACUUUGCGGAGCACGAGAUCAAUGGAUAUACCGACUUGGUAUGGCAGUUGGUAGAGCGCUUUUUCCCAGAGAAAGGCUACAGUGAAAGCAUUCACAAAUCCGUAUUGGAACGGCAGGAACGCUCACUCAAGUUUCUCGAACAGAACCUCAACCUUCGCGAGUUCGUCGUCACUGAUGAGAUUACACUGGCGGAUAUCGUUUUAGCUAGUAUCACCCAACGUGCUGCUCGAGUGACCCUCGGUGCUGCUGAACGAGCACUCUACCCGAAUGUCUUUGCACACUACGCGAGGGUGGCGGGUGAUCCUCGCAUUAAGGAUAUCUUCGGGGCGGCAGACUUUGUUGAAGUGCCCGUAGGACCUAAAAAAGAUGAGUAG